AUGUUUUUUAUUUAAUUUCUUUUACUUAAUCUAAUAAAUACAGAAUAAAUUCAAAAAUAAGAGAUUAAGAGAUAUUCAAUUAUUCAUGGAAGAGUAUCAACUAUUUAAAUUCCAAUUUAAGAUGUAUUCAAUGUUGAAAUACAUCAUCUAAAUAAAACUUUAAAUAAAACAAAAGAAGGAGAGGAGCCAUCUGUGUUGUUUGCAGAUUUCUGUUAACCUAAAAAUCCAUCAAUUUACUUAGAUCAUAUUCAAUCAAUUAAUGUAUGUGCUGAUUAAUGUAAAAUAAUUAUUCAAAAUAAUAAAGUAAAUUUAAUGAUAAAGAUUAGAUUUAUAGUUUGUUGCCAGGUUAUUUAAAAGUAUUAGAGAUGAAUGAUGAAUAGGGAUUUACUUUUUUUAGUGAAACAUUGUUAUAGAUCUCAUAAAACCUACCUGAAAUAUUGAUUACAAUAAAUAUUUAGUAGGAUAAUAAAUUAAUAAUUCUGGAUGGAGUUAGCUUAUUCAUAAUAAAUAUUGACGAAAAUGAUGAAAUAAAUAAGCCUAUAAAAUUGCAUACAUCAAUCGAGGUUGUUACUUAGAUAAUUUACUAUGAUAAUUUAAUCUAUGUUUUUGGUAACAACACUUUAGAAAUUUACAUAAUUUAAGAGAAGCUAGUAGAAUUAAUAUCAUCUAUAAAUAUAACUAAAUUUGAAGGUUAGAAUCAGAAUAUUAUUGGUGUGAAAUUAAAAAGUCCAAAUCAUUUCAUUUGGAUCACCGAAUCAAGUUUAGGUUAUGUGUAAUUAGAUGCUUAAUUCCAGCCAAUUUAGUUUAAUACAUUUAUGCGUUUGGAAGGCAGAAUAAUAGAUGUGGAAAUUUUUGAGGAUUUAACUUAUGUAAUUUAGAAAUUGAACAAUAAAAUAAAUUUAUAAUAUGUUUUAGAAUAUGAAGGUGGUCAGUUAAAAUAAAAUUUGAGUUUAACUACAAAAGUGCGUUAAAUAUUUUCAACUUAAAAUGUAUAUGUAUAAUUUUUAAUAUUUAGUACAUUAUCAUAUUAUAAGAGAACUUGAUUUAAUUGGCGUUUGCUAAGAUAGAGACUUAGUAAUUGUUUAGUAAGAAUAUAUUAGAGAACACAAAUAAGAUUUUAAAAUAUGAUUAAGGGUAGUUAAUUGUGUAAUAGUAAAAUGAGAUAGUUCAGUUUGAAAUAAAGCAAUAGUAAGCUUAAUUGGUAUGUGAACCAAAUCAAAACUAUUCGACUGGCACAUAUAUGAUGGAAUUAAGGACUGGGUAUUUUGUUAAUGAGACAAAAGCAUAUCAUAAUUAGUUGGUGGAAAUUAACGUUUAUUUUGAAAUAUUUGAGAAUGGGAAUGUAGGACUAUAUGUGGGAUUAACAAUUGGAUUAGCAAUGACUUUUAUGACAAUGAUUAUAUUUUGUGUAUUCUUUUACAAACUAAAAGCAAAAUAUCAAUUAGUAAGAGAGUAAUAUCAUAAAAAUUCAACUGAAUUUACUAUUGAAUGA